UGUGUACUUCCUGUUGAUUUCGUCCGAGUUGCAUGUGCUGCUGCUGUGCCAUGUUGUGUGUCACAUAAGUAGAUCUAACAGGCUUGUCAUCUGCUCUGCUGCACAAAAGAUCCUGAGGUCUAAUAUUAUAUGAGAAGAUCGUUCACUACUCUACAGUGCGACAGUGUCAGUAACUCCUCAGAUAUUGUGAGUUCCCCAUAGAGAAGGACUCUUGUGUCAGGUUUCAAAAUGGGAAAGAACAAGAACAAGAGGAAAGAUGCUCCAAAUUUUUCCAAGGAGGAAGUUAUGGUAAUGGCUGUGACAGACAUUGUGAAAGAGUUGAUCUUGGCAGACAGAGAGAGGAAGGAUGUGGAUCUCAAUAAACUCAAGACAAAAGUUGCCAGCAAAUACAACAUGGCAAGUCAGCCUCGCCUUGUGGAUAUCAUAGCUGCAGUUCCUCAAGAAUACAAAAAGGUGCUAUUGCCAAAGCUCAAAGCCAAGCCAGUGCGAACAGCCAGUGGUAUAGCUGUUGUUGCUGUGAUGUGCAAACCCCACAGAUGUCCACACAUUGCCAUGACAGGAAAUAUCUGUGUAUAUUGUCCUGGUGGCCCUGACUCAGACUUUGAAUACUCCACACAGUCUUAUACAGGAUAUGAGCCGACAUCCAUGCGAGCCAUUAGAGCAAGAUACAAUCCCUACCUUCAGACAAGACACAGAGUGGAACAGCUCCAGCAACUUGGUCACAGUGUGGACAAGGUUGAGUUUAUUGUGAUGGGGGGAACAUUCAUGAGUUUGCCAGAUGACUACAGGGACUAUUUUAUCAGGAAUUUGCACGAUGCUCUCAGUGGACACACCAGCUCCAGUGUACAAGAGGCAGUCAAGUACUCAGAGAAGAGUGUGACAAAGUGUAUAGGCAUUACCAUUGAAACUCGACCAGAUUAUUGUCUGAAAAAGCAUUUGAGUGAUAUGUUGAAGUACGGCUGCACACGGCUUGAAAUCGGAGUCCAGAGCGUUUAUGAGGAUGUUGCCAGGGACACUAACAGGGGUCAUACUGUGAGUGCUGUGUGUGAGUCUUUUCAGAUGUCUAAAGACGCUGGCUUUAAAGUCGUUUCUCACAUGAUGCCUGAUCUUCCCAACGUGGGCUGGGAGAGAGACAUUGAGCAGUUCAUUGAAUUCUUUGAGAAUCCAGCUUUCAGGGCCGAUGGUUUGAAGAUUUACCCUACACUUGUGAUAAGAGGAACAGGUCUCUAUGAACUGUGGAAGACUGGAAGGUACCGAAGCUAUCCGCCGAGUCAGCUCAUUGAUUUGAUUGCCCGAAUUCUGGCUCUCGUUCCCCCAUGGACAAGGAUUUACAGAGUUCAAAGAGAUAUUCCCAUGCCUUUAGUGUCUAGUGGAGUGGAACACGGAAACCUGCGAGAAUUGGCUCUUGCAAGAAUGAAUGAUUUGGGUACUCAGUGUCGGGACGUAAGGACACGAGAGGUUGGGAUUCAAGAGCUUCACCACAAAGUGAAACCUGAUCAGGCUGAGCUCAUUCGACGGGACUAUGUGGCAAACGGAGGCUGGGAGACUUUUUUGUCUUAUGAGGAUCCAGAACAGGACAUUUUGAUUGGCCUCCUGCGUCUGAGGAAGUGUUCAGCAGACACUUUCCGGCCUGAAUUGAAAGGCGGCUGUUCCAUUGUCCGGGAGCUGCACGUUUAUGGGAGUGUUGUGCCAGUCCACACUAGAGACCCUCGCAAGUUCCAGCAUCAGGGUUUUGGCAUGUUGCUCAUGGAAGAGGCAGAGAGGAUAGCUUUGGAGGAGCACGGCUCAAGGAAGAUUGCUGUCAUCUCAGGUGUGGGCACAAGAAACUACUAUGCAAAGAUUGGCUACGUGUUGGAGGGUCCUUACAUGACCAAGACGUUGUUGUGAUUUUUAAAUGAUCUCUGCUAGUCCUUUGCUGCUGUACUCGUGACUGUUCCAUGUUUCUUUUGAACAAAUGUUUUUAAGAAUUAAUGUAUGAGGUACCCUCUGUUUUCUGUGCUCGUACUCAAACAGAUUUCACACAACACAAGAUUUCAUACUGCUUUUCCCCCUUUACCUGGGUGUACCGUGACCAGAGCUUCAAGGGGUUUUGUGUCAUUCUUACCAAUGAGCAAUACUCUCAGUUCUGGUCUUGCCAUCAGCAGUAGAGUUUUAAUCAGGACCUACCAAGGGUACAUGCAAGCUGUAAGUUUAUGUAAAGUAAAGAGAUUUUAAAAUGAAACCUGUCUCAGUAGAGUAUGGACAAAUAUCAUUUGAAGUAUGACAGCAGCACAAGUAAGCAUUUGUUUUGCCAUGGAAAAAAAGCAAAAUCGAAAAUUUUGUGUAGCAAUCCGAUCUUAUCACGAUGGUGACGAUAUAUUUCAGAAUGAUAGAAUGUGGUUCUCUUGUGGAUUUACCAAACUUUAGGUGCAAUAUAUACUUUGUGGGAAAAUUAAUACCUUGUUGCUGAGAAGUGGGAACUUUGUACAUUACCAUAAAAAGUAGCAAUUGGACACAUGGUAUGUCAAUCUUUUUAUGUUUUGCUUUCAGUCAGUCAUAUGACCUGACUUACACUGUUGAUGUAUUAUCCUGACUCACUUUAAUUUAAUGAAAUUGCCUAUUUGCUAAUGAUGUUGAUUUUGCUGGAAUAUUGGUCUAAUAAAGAAGAAAAAAAGGAUGCAAAUUGGAAUUUGA